GUUCGCGACCUAACCUUUAGCUUCGGGGUGCAUGAUUAUUGUAAGAUUGUUAGAUACGCUUUAAUUGUAUUGUUGUUUACGCUGGUAGUAUUUAAGCUUACCGUACUAACAAACUGCGAAAUACAGAUUUCACGGAUUCAAUGCGAGUAAGAUUCUGGUGGAUACUGGCGAAACAUGACGACUACCGAUGUACAGCAACCCAAUUACAAACAUCGGCAGGCACAGAUGAGAUUGGAGUUGACACCGGAGGAGGCAAAGGCUUGGCAGACAUGCAUGAGAAGCUCGAGUGUUCUCAUGCCGACACUCAUCACAGCAGCCAUGGGAUAUGGAGUAUGUAGGAUAAGCCCGUUUCGCGCGUACGCCAAAUACGUUGGGCUAGUCAGCGGCGUGGUAGGCCUGAUAACAGGUAGAAUAGCAGUUUCUGAAGCAUGCCUGGCAAAAGUUGCUUCCAUGCCAAACAGUAAUCUUCGAGACAGAUUAAUUGAAGCGGGCUAUUAUGGGUUUAAACCUAUAGAAAAGCAACAGCGUGGCUUUCAACCGAUGAGCAUGCAAACUGAGAUUCAAAGCCAGGCGGAACCGUCUACGGAAAUAGUGUUCGACGAUUACCCACCGAUGAACUCGUACGAUACGUAUUCCAGUAUUAACGAAGGCGAUUUACCCCUCGAAGAAACGGAUCUGACCGAACCGAUGAAUAUGCAAAAAGGAGUCAGUUAUGAUGAGCUGAGACAAAAAAAUAGAGACGAAUUUUAUCGGAAGAAUUAUACUCCCAGAACACCGAGAGAACCUCCGGUGGCGAGGCAGGCAACCGAGCAGGUUCCCACAGCCAAAAGUCCGUCACCACAGGAGAAAACUAAAUAUGGUGACGUGUGGGAUUGAAUUUAGUCGCCGGAAACAUAAUUUAUGUAUCCGCGUAUUGCGGAUACUACAUGUGUAUAUAUGUAUACGUAGCUUGCGCUUCAGAAUAUGCGAAUGUGAUAAAGAGGGUUGAAUUUUGCUAAAUAUACGAAUAUAAAAUAAAUGAUGCAUAAAUCA